AUGAAAGCAGUCCAGUUCAUGACCCCUUCCACCGGACUGGAAUACAAGGAGGUUCCCGUCCCUGUCCCCGCCAAAAAUCAACUUCUCGUACAGAUCAGGGCCGCUGGCCUCUGUCACACCGACUGGAACAUAGCAUCUGGACUAGACGAUACUUUCUUCUGGAAGCGUCCCAUCAUCUUGGGUCACGAAAUUGCUGGUGUGGUUGUUGAGAUAGGUUCAGAGGUCACCAAGUUCAAAGUCGGUGACCCUGUCGCCGCCGUAAUCGGUACUGAGCAUCCCUUGACAUUCGGAGAUGUGACCCGGGCGGCAGGCAUUGGUUAUGACGGUGGAUUCGCAGAGUACGUGGCGCUGUAUGAGUAUAAGACAGUGCGUAUUCCUGAGGGAGUUACUUUUGCCGAAGCGGCCGUUGCUACCGACGCCACUGCCACAGCAUAUCAUGCUGUUGUUGUCGAGGGACAGAUCUCUGCGUCAUCCCAAAUCGCCGUUAUUGGUUUGGGCGGUCUAGGUCUAUCGGCUAUCCAGAUUGCAAGCCUCUUCGGUUGCAAGAUAUACGGAAUCGAGCCUGACACCCGCAAAUAUGUGGCUGCUGUUCAGGCAGGAGCUUAUGCAUGCGCCAAAAGCUUCGACGGGUUCCCGGGAGUACGCUUCGACGCGGUGAUAGAUUUUGCAGGGACUGGUUCUACGACUGCUGCUGCUGCCAAGGUGGUGAAGCCUGGUGGUAAGGUCGUCCUGGUUGGUCUUUUGAGCAAGCAUACUACACUCGAUACACAGGAAUUGGUCGCACUGGGUGUCACGAUCAAAGGAUCAGCUGGCUCCUCUAUAUCUGAGGUUGAGAAGUCAUUGCAGAUGAUUGCGAACAAGGAGGUUCAGCCACUUCUGGAAGAGAUCCCUUUCAGCGGAAUUAAAGAAGGACUUGAUAGGCUUGAAAAGGGCAAUGUUAUUGGGCGUCUGUAUACUGACCCAACAAAAGCCUAA